UAUUUUCUCUGCAGCUUGUUUUUAUGCAUUUUGAAACAGCUCCAUUGAUAAAAGGGGAAAAACGCAUUUGGCUAUGGCUAUUUAUUUGCAAAACUUCACAUGGAAAGUACUGCACUUGAAGGCAUUAUCUGAUAGAAUACUAGGUGUGACACAUUGUCAGGCUAUAAUUAUAUAUUCAAGCAUUUAAACAGACAAACCAGAAUCAGCAACGAGUCAGCUAUCAGCCUUAACAGUAGCAUUUACUCACACUAAAAGGUAACAUAAACAGAAAGCACAUUCUUCUAUGAAUAUGGCAGAAUUAGGACAACUCAGCAGUUUAACAAAUGAAGUUACCUGUUCUAUUUGCCUGGAUUUAUUCACUGAUCCUGUCUCUACUGAAUGUGACCACAACUUCUGCCGGACAUGUAUUACAGAUUUCUGGUCACGGUCAUCUGACUGUUUCUGUUGUCCAGAAUGCCAAAGAAGAUCUCUUCAGAAAAUAUUGAGAACAAACAGGCAAUUGGGAAACAUUGCAGAAAGACUAAGACUUAAACAAGGGAAUAUAAGAGGACAGCAAGAGACAGCUUAUGCCUAUGCGGAUUCAAAAGAAAAACAUUUUCAGAAACAAAAUAGCUCAAAGAUAACACAAAUUUGUACUGAACAUGACAAAAAAUUGAAUCUUUUCUGCAAUGUGGACAGAAAAGCAAUAUGUAUGCUGUGUAAUAUGUCAAGCUACCACAGAGGUCAUGGCGUUGUCACAUUAGAUGAGGCUGAGAAAGAAUUCAAGGAUCACCUUCAUCAGUUACAUCAGACUCUAAAUGACAAGAUUGUAAUGGCUGUAACCUCUAUCAGCAAAGAACAAGAAGAAAUGGAACAUUUUAAGCACAAAAUGAAAUCUCAGAGGGAGAAGAUUAACACUACAUUUGACCUAUUUAUUGAGCUACUUAACAGAGAGAAGCAAUUCCAACUUUGUGAUCUUCAGAAUGAAGAAAUGGCAGUUAUAACUACACGUCAGAUGCUAAUGAAAACUCUUCUGGACUCAACUACAUCGCUCGGAGAACUUAAAGAAGAGAUUGAAGAAAGAUUAAAAUUACAAGAAUCAUUAUGCUUUGAUGACACUGGAGCCCUUAUUGACAGGUGUAUGGUGGACUACAACGUGACCAUUCCAGAGUUUCCAGCUCUAAGCUCAGACAAUUGUAAACCCCUGUGCUGCUCUUUAACGGACAUUUUGAAGCAUUUGAAACAAGAUGAUUGGCAUCCCCAGGAACAAUGCAAGUGCUGGGAAGCACUCAUGACAUGUAGUCAAUCGCCAGGCAAGAACACUGUUUCCAAGAAUGCAGAGGUUGCAGGCUCAAAUGAAGCUACAGGAGAUACUUCAACAUUGAACCAAGACAUAUUGCCCAAGGAAGAAGAAGCUGAGUCCACCUCAAAAAAUCAACCAAACCAGAAGAAAUUAACUGGAGCAAGAAAACUGUCUUUUCUGCGGUUGCCCCGUCCCAACUCUGGAUGGUAUGUUUAGUAAAGUAUACACUCUCAACACCAUCAGGACACCUACAUGAAGGAAAAGUAACCAAUAAAAAGGCAAACAAAUGAAUGAACACAUCAUGAAGAAGUAAUUUAGAGAACAUAUUUGAUGCCACUUGUAGUAUCUCAAUAAAGAACUUGGCUAAUGUUAUUUAAUUUGAGAAGAAUAACAAAUAUGGUAUUUUAUUUCCUGCUCAAAUGCCAAUGUCCUUCAGAAUUUUUAUUCUGUCAAAAGCAAUCUGCCCUCGGCAAUGGUGAAGUGGAUUUUAUAGUUGUUAAAGUCAGGUUAAACUGAUAUCUGACACUGAUCCACACAUGUCCAUAGCCUCAUAAAAGUGAACAGUUUUAACCAAGAUUUAAUUCACGCUGUUGUUUCACAAUAUUCACUUUGUUCUGAAUUUGGUCUCCAACCCUAUAGAAGAGGGUAACUUUUUUUAAUAAGUCUAUUAUCUCCUUCCAUUUUUUCUUUUUUUUUUUCCUACUUUUCAAUGGAUCUGGGGAAGUUCUGCUAUCACUUUGAUCUCAAGAAUCCCCAUGCUUAAAUAUUAAUUCACUACCCAAGUAAAAAUAGGCUACCUGACUAGAUGUUUUUGAAAAAAGAUUGAACUGAGAAUAAUUACAGAAUAUUUAUCAGUUAUAACUAUGGACUUGCAUUUUAUUGUACAACACCUUAAAACUUCAAGAGGAACUUUAAAACUAUUAAUUAGAAAUAUUUUUUUUCAUUUAAUCCUUAAUGUAUGAAUACAUUGUUUUAAUUCUAUGAUGUAGAGAAUGCAUUACGUGGCCUGACCAUUGUAGGGAGAAGCUUCAUUGGCAGUUAUGAGCAAACAUACUGGGAAUCCAUGGAGAGCCAAUCAAAUUCCCAGUUUUUUUAUCCAUUCAUGAGUGGUCCAGAAUAGUUAUCAGCAGUUCCCUUCCCCUUUUGCUGAAUGUAUAUGAGUGAGCUGGUUUAAGUAAAUGUCAUAAGUUAUAGUAAAAGCCAUCCCAGUGACAGAUGCUCUCAUCCAUCAAAUAUAUAUUUUUUUAAAUUAGUGUUUUUACCUUAUUUGUCUAAAAAAGGAGGCUGUAUUAGCUACAUCAUAGAUAUUCCAGGUAUUCUACACUAUGCUGUUUUUGGACAUUUUGAUAGUUUAACUUGAACUGAUUUCAUUAAGUUUGGGUGAAAUAGAAAGACUGCUGUACACUACAGUGGAAGGUCUUUUAGCCUUUUAUGUCUUUUUGUUAGGUAGGUAUUUGGGGCAGAAAUGGUCCCCCCUUUCUUGUUUUUUGUAAGUAUAACUAACUAAACAUGAGUGAUGUGGAAUGUUGCUCCUUGGAUCCUAUUGGCUGGAGAUGGGAUCAGUGAUGCAGCUCUAGGUAUGACUGAGCCAUCUAACAGCAUGGUCAUACUAUUCUUGUUGUUAUGAUUUGAUUGGUCAUUGUACAUGAAAUUAAUUUUGGUAUAGUGGUUAAUAUUUAUCGUGAUUUUUUGUUCAUUAAAGAAUGUUUGAA